UGCGAAAGCAAAGAUGGCGGAAGAGGAGAACGAGUUUGAAGAAUUUGAGCAAAUAGACUUUUUACGAGAUCGACAUGUACGAUUCUUUCAGCGAACACUUCAGGUGUUACCUGAGAGGUACGCCUCGCUGGAAACAACCAGGUUGACCAUCGUAUUUUUUGCCCUGUCUGGUCUGGACGUGCUGGAUGCCCUUGAUGUGAUUGAUCGGAGCAUCAUGAUUGAGUAUAUCUACUCACUACAGGUUCUGCCUACUGAGGAUCAAUCCAACCUAAGUCGGUGUGGGUUUCGAGGAUCGUCACAUAUCGGAAUCCCUUACAGCACUAAGGGGCCAGGUGUGCUCCAUCCUUAUGACAGUGGUCAUGUAGCCAUGACCUACACUGGGCUGUGCUCACUGCUGAUACUUGGAGAUGACCUGAGCCGGGUUAACAAGCAGGCCUGUCUGGCUGGUCUGAGAGCACUGCAGCUGGAGGAUGGCAGUUUUUACUCCGUGCCAGAAGGAAGUGAAAAUGACAUACGGUUUAUCUACUGUGCAGCCAGUAUCUGUUACAUCCUGGAUGACUGGUCAGGCAUGGACAUCCAAAAGGCUAUUGAGUACAUCCGAGCAAGUUUGUCUUAUGACAGUGGCUUUGGUCAGGGAGCUGGGCGAGAGUCACAUGGUGGCUGGACGUACUGCGCUAUAGCCUCUCUGUGUCUGAUGGGGCGACUGGAGGAGGCGCUGAGUCAGCGGGAACUGGACCGGAUCCGACGCUGGUGCAUCAUGAGGCAGCAGAGCGGUUUCCAUGGCCGCCCAAACAAACCUGUAGAUACAUGCUACUCCUUUUGGGUGGGAGCUACACUGGAGCUGUUAGAUGUGUUCCAGUAUACGAACUUUGAAAAGAACAGGAGCUUCAUCCUGUCUACUCAGGAUCGGUUGGUGGGCGGUUUCGCCAAGUGGCCUGACAGCCAUCCAGACCCUCUGCAUGCUUACUUGGGGCUAUGUGGUCUGUCCCUGAUUGGAGAGCCCAAUCUGAGGAAGGUCCACCCCGGUCUUAACAUCACCCAGAGAGCCUUUCAGUACCUCCAACAGCUGCAGCAGACAUGGCGAGACAGCACUGACACCUGCAGAAGUCAGCACUGACAGCAGGAUGAACCACAGCUCUCCCUCCAAACAGGUUCAGUUAUCAUCGACAUCUAACAGCAGUCAGCGACGACUGGACGUCUCGAAGAGGUUUGGUCACUUACUGACAGCCCAUCUCAUGUGAGGACUCAAGAAGGCUCGAUUAAGACUGUUUACAAAGCAGUAACUUUGGGGAGCUGAUUUUAAGUUCAUCCAAAGCAACUCUUCCGUUAAAGAACCACAAGCCUCACUUUUUUGCUGCCUUUUAUUUGCACAGUAGUCAAUAACAGUGCGGUUUGUGGUUCGUGGGAAUAAAAAUGUGCCAGAAAGUCAAAUUUGAGCUGCUGGAAACUUGAAGAAAUUUCAGAUGCCUCCAUUGUUCCUUUGAGUUUUUAGAUAAUGGCCUUUUGAGCUUUCCUGCUCAUCAUCAUUGUGAACAAUAUCUUCUUAGCCAAGGAUCAAAAAUACAGAUUCACUACAUAUGCGCAUAAGAACCGCCGUCUUAAAGUUCCCUCGUGGACUGGGAGCAUCUAAAUUGUCUUUUUAUAAGGUUUAUUUGCUGUGAUUUUGCUACUGCUGAAUAAUGUCUCUAUAUUUUAAACAUAAAUGGGCAAUUUUAAGGUGGAAAUGUGGAAACUGUUAAGGUGAAUUAUCUCAUUUACUUUUAAAGACAGAAUCGGAGGCACAGACAGUCUCUUUCAGACAGUGUAUACAUCUGUUUUUUGCGGUGGGGGUGGGGUGAGUGUGUUUAUUGCCCUCGUAACAUUUCCACCCUCACAUUGCUCGUGAACUUCUCUAAAGCCUCCAGCUCUUCUGUUCCAAAGGUGAUAGCAGCCCAGGUUUAUUCUCCUGAGGGUUUGACUUUAUCUUCCACUGCAGGCUGUGUGCACUGAUCAAGAUUUAAAUUAAAGAACUCCUGGGAUGAAAUCCAUGGAAAAGGUGGUUAAGGGGCAAAUCUGUGAUGUUUUAAAAAAAAAAAAAACUAUUUAAAAGUGGGUUAUGGGUUUAGCUACAGGCAAAUCAUUUCAGAAAAUGUAAUUUCCUGCUUGCAUUUUUCACUGAAGGCUAAAAGAAACAAGAUUGAGCCUCUUCAGGGAGUUUGUUAAGAAGGGGGAAAGCUGACCCCAUCCUGACACCCCACAACUCCUGCAUCCUGACCUGUGCUCGUUUGCUAGCUUCCAUGCUCCCAGCAAGGCGAUAACCAGCUUGAAAUCGGUAGGAAAAGAUGAGACAAUAGCAUCAUAGCUUGAGGAAAUGUAUUCCUUUGAACAGUGCCGUUAUUUUCAGUGCUGAAAGGAUGCAGGGUAACAAUGAACAUGUGCAGAAUGGACUACAGAGUGUCAGGAAACAGAAGCAAGCGUUAUCCAACAAGUAUAGUUUCAUCUAUCCUAAAGUGUUCACCACAAAGACCAAUAAUCUGACCCCCAGACCCCAGAUCACUGAGGCAGUGCUGUUAGGGUUGUCUACACAGAUGCUCAAAGGAAUUAAACACAGCUCACAUAUCAUUUAAGCAACCCUUCCUGCCUUUUACCCUUGACCCGAGGCACAGAGAAGAGUGCGAGGGUUUUAAAUUUCAAAAACAAUCCUUACAGUGACACACGAUACUCAGUUGAACACAACCACCACCUCCUGCCCUCCUACCCUCACCUCAAGUUCUGAUUCCAAGCAAGCAACAUAACCAUCUUCUUCCAGCCACGUCCUGUCUGAGCAAACACCUGCUCCCUGCAGUAUUUACUGUGUGCAGCCUCACUUUGGACUGCAUACAAAAAUUGUUUCACAUCUUCUCUUUUUAUUCCACCAUCUAAAAUAAAACUAGCUGGCUUCAUCUCCCUUCCCUCCAAAUUGACCUCCUUUUCAGUUAGGUUACAGACCAGGCGCAGACAGAGGAAAGAAGAGGGGAGGAGAGGUGAAUAAAUAAAUAAUUUGAGCCAUCUAUUAUUAAAAGUAAACCGACAGAGGCUGGAGUGUCCUCUCUGACUCCUCAGUUGUUUUUUGGUGCAAAAACAACUGCUUUUUAACCGAUGUUAUGCUUUAUUAUAAUUUAUGUUCAUAUGCGUCACCUGAGGCAAUAGGCUUUGCUGCACUUAUUACUGAUCUGCUUUCAACUAAUUUGUUACUAUAGUAUCAUUUUUCCUAAGAAAACUGCAAUCUAAUUUCACCUUUUUCAGAUGUUGCAGUUGCUGGUUUAAGCUUUGGAUAAGUAAAGAGAGUAAAUUCAGAAGAAAAAAAAGAUUUUUCUUCAUUAUUCAUUGUAAUAUUCUUGAAUCAAUAUGUUGUGAUUUGCUUUGUUAUAUAAGAAAGAAAACUGUUACUCCUGCUGUGCCACUGUAGAGCCAGAUCUGGUGAAAUUUAGUGAGCUCGUCUCCCCUGCAUCUUCUUACGUCACUUUUACUUCCUAUACAGAUUCUUGACUCUGUGUCUCUGUCCUCAGCUUUUAUAAGUACUCUUUCAAAUUUGACUUUGUGCCUCGUGUAGCAUAGUUCUGGGUCAGUGCUCUCUGAAUGCUGCUUUUCUGCACAUGCAGCAUACUUAAAUUAGGUUACAUUUGGCUCUAUGAAUACGUGACUGUCAACAAACGCCCUGGAUAUUUGUCUUUCCUACAGGAGGAAGAAGAGAAGGACUCAUCUAAAUCUAAAUGUAAACAUACAGGAAAGGUAACAACUACUCUGUAAACUCUUUGCUCCUCCCAUCUUUGCUAAUUGUGCUCAUACAAUCAGACGUAAGCUGACGGAUGAUUUUUACCGGAUUUUGUUUUUGCACAAACGCUCCCUGCGGACGCUUUCUUUAAAAGCAUGAAAGAUUGGAUUAAUGGAUCUGCCACUUCCUGCAGAUGAAGGCUGUGUCUCAAUAGUUGUUACAUUGCGUCUCCUUUUCACCCCCCCAUCACACCGCAGUCCAGACUCUUUCCAAUGGCACGAAAACAGGGGAGGGGGCCAUGGCUUUGUGUUUUUAAUGCAGCUGCAGUGAAAUCUGUUUUCUUUUAGAGAUGCAGCCACCUGUGAUCAAUCUCAUCAAUAAAUAUACAUACUGUAAUAAUGAAUAAUGUAAGAAUAAAGGUAAUGGAAUUUAUUUUUUCUAUGCUUUGUAGAAAUAUUGAGUGUAGAUACACACGUAAAUGUCUAUGAAUACGUGACUUCUACUGUGCAACAGAAAAAGGUUUACAGUGAUGUGAGUGCCAGUAAGAGGAACUGGAUAUGCAAAUGCUGGCAUAUAAUGUACUGUUGGACUUCAGCUUUGAAGGAAGUAAUGUUGGCUUUGGCUUGGUGCAAACUGUAUGUAUGGUAAAUAAAACUUGUGCUAACUGUCA